GCACCGGCCGACGGCGUAAGCUGAGGUAAUGUUCGUAAUAAUAAUACUUAUUUCAAGCUGAGGGUCCGCGAAGCUCACGCAUGGCCCGAUGCGCCUAUUCGUUCUCUCCCGCUGCCUAUUCGCGCGGCCCCCUCAGUCGCUCGCCAGCUCGCGCCGCAGGCGGACCUGUGUCUCUCGCAGAUUACCUCCGUUCGUAGUCUCCGACGAACGUAUUUUUAAUUGUUAAAAUAAACUUGUUUCCGUAUUUACGUGCCUGGUUCCCGGCUCCUGCUAACUGGAUCUCCUGUUUAUUCACUGCUAUUGUUUUUCUUUAGUGCAAAAUGUGAUGUUAUGUGUGUUCAACGAGCGUAACGUCCUGUGUAACGUUAGCCCAAAGUGAACUCAAUGGAUGUAAUGUGCUUUUGAAUUGAAAACGUUAACCUUUUUGAUCCUUCGCAGCCGGAUUUUUCUCUGAGGUCCAGAGGAUGACAGUUAUUACAUCUUCAUACGAACAGCUUUCCUGAUCGCCACCACGGACAUGAUGACGAGAAAUCAGGACCCGAGGCUUCGCGAGAGGACAGGCGAACUACAUGACAACGAUAAACAGCAAACGGCUGGCACGGAUGUUGUAAAGGCUGUUGAACAAGGCGUCAGAGUCAUGGUGACAGCGUGGCAGGUCAGCCGGCGGGUCGCCAACGUGCUCACCUCCAACGCCUUUAUUGUGGUGCUUAUAUCCUUGGAACUGCUAGCGUGGCGCAGCGGGGCGGCGGCGCUGGCGAACUGCCCGAGCGGCUGCAGCUGCAACGAUGAUACCCUAGUGGUGGUUUGCGAGGAGAGCCGCCUGGACGUGCUGCCCAUCGCGCUCAACCCCUCCAUCCAGCGUCUCAUCAUCCGCAACAACAAAAUCAAAACCAUCGACAGCUCCAUGCAGUUCUACGCAGAACUGCAACACCUCGACCUCUCCCAGAAUCACCUUGUUAACAUUCCCACUAAAAGCUUUGCCUACCAACGGAAAUUACAAGAGCUCCAUUUGAACCAUAACAAGAUAUCAUCAGUAACUAACACGACAUUCCAAGGCUUGAAUGCGCUGACAGUCCUCAACUUAAAACGAAAUUUCCUCGAGGAGCUGACGAACGGUGUGUUUUCGACUUUGCCAAGAUUAGAGGAACUGAACCUUGGUCAGAAUCGGAUAUCGAGGAUCGAACCAAAAGCAUUCGCUGGACUCACAGCUCUGAGGAUCCUGUACUUGGAUGAUAAUCAGUUGAGUUCUGUGCCUACGAUGUCCUUUAGUCUCUUGGGAAGCCUGGCUGAACUUCACGUGGGACUCAACGCUUUCUCUUACCUGCCCGACGACACCUUCGCGGGUCUAAACCGCCUGGCUGUGCUCGACUUGAAUGGAGCCGGACUCUUUAAUAUAAGCGAGAACGCAUUCAGAGGCCUUCCAGGUCUUAGAAGUUUGAAUCUCUUCGGGAAUAGACUAAGCGUAGUACCCACGCAGCAACUAGGUGGACUUACGAGAUUGGAAGAUCUGUACAUAGGCCAGAAUGAUUUCGUAGCGUUAGAAAGCCACUCAUUCAAAGGCUUGAAAAAUCUGAAACUCUUAGAUAUUACUGGUGCUGCCCAGUUGGAGAGAGUCGAGAAAGGAGCUUUGGAGGACAACAUAAACUUGGAAACUAUCGUACUGGCCAAUAACAAGAAACUAUCAGUGAUAGAAGAAGGUACUUUACUCGGCUUGCCUAAGCUGAAACAUGUUACGCUUAGAGACAACGCCAUUGUUACGAUCAGUGAAACUGUGUUCGUCGGAAAAGAGCUGAGACAGCUGGACAUCACCGACAAUCCUAUUGCCUGCGACUGCCAACUUCUUUGGCUGCAUGAAUUAUUGAACGAGAAGAGUAACUUCACUCAAAUCCAAUGCGCGGAGCCACUGCAUUUGAAGGACAAGUACUUGCGUACUAUAACCGCAGACGGUUUGGGCUGCGCCGUUCACGACACGCGGCAGCAAACCAUUAUAUGCGUCGUAGUAGUCGCCUGCGUGGCUACCCUAGCAUCGCUCGUGCUCGUGCUGUAUCGGUACCGCAAGAGCAUGCACGAGAAGCUCAAGGACUACAAGUGGAACAAGCGCGCGAUGCGCAAAGACUUGGAAUACCACAAGCCCAUCUCCACCGAAGAAGACUGCAUCCUAGAGCUUUACGCCUCCCCCAGCGUGUUCUUCAUGUCGGGCCCGCAGCAGGGCUCGGCGCGGCGCGCGCGGGGAGGCGGCGGCGGCGGCACGCUGCCCGCCGACGGCUUCACGUACAUCGGCGGCGACCGCCCGCCCCCGCCCCCGCUCACGCUCAACAACGGCGCGCCCGCGCUGCUCAACAACGGCUCGCUGCGCUCGUUGCCCGACAAGAAGAACAACCGCAACGGCUUCGUGUGCCACGAGAACUUCCCGCGCGCGGACCGCUACUCUCGCAAGCAGGAGAACGGGUACAUUCGCAACUCGGAAACCAUUAUCGGCUUCCCGCGAACGCGCGACUAUGACGACUACAGCGAGCCCGAGUACUCGGUGAUCGCGGAGGCCGCACGCGACUAUCGCUCGUGCGCGCACUCCAACACCUUCAACUGUUGAGCCCGGGAGGCGUGAACUUUCAAUCGUUUGUGAUCUUGUAAUUCUAGCAAUAAAUCUUCAUUCCAUUAAGUUUUUCUAUGGAGGACCUUGUGAUGGGAUGGGACUUAGUGUAGCGGUUAGUGACGUUUAGAACUUCGGGAUCGGUGUACGUGCGACCAGUGAGGACUAUGUAUCGUAUUCGGUUUAAGAGAGUACAUUAUUUGUAAAUUAUAAAUUUAAGUAGCAAUGGAUCUAUUUUUCAAUGGGUCGGAGGGGGCGGUUGGAAGUGAAACUUUCAUGAAGACGCCCGUCUGUGAAGACUAGUCGCGUGCGGCGUGCGCCGCUCACGCCGCUGCCACGUAAGGUCGCCUUUAUACUUUUAAGUUUUGCUUAUACGAAUUGGAAACGCAACUGAAUGAGAAGCUAAUAUAUAUUGUUAUCUCAUCCUAGCACAUACAGAACUUGCAUUCCUACUUACGCGAAUAAAACUUACAAGUACAAAGGCGGGGUAAAUCAUCAUCAUCUAUGUGAUUCGUAAGUACCUACCCUACUGAUGGGUAGGAGGUACUUUGUAUUUGUUUUGUACAAAAACCAUUCCAUAAGUCUUUUUAAUGUCUAAUUUUUUUAUUUAUAACGAAUAAAUUAAGUGUGCGUUAAAUAAUACACCAAUAUGAAUGAUAGGUAACCUAUUAUAGGAUUAAUAAAUGUAAAUAUAUUUAUAUUAUAUUGAGAUAUUUAUAAAAUUUAAUACGAUCUUAUUCUUCUUAAAUUUUCAUAAAAUUAUUUCUAUGUUUCACUUACAUUAGUAUGACUAGUUUGUUUGCUAUGGACUGGUAUCGUAUUUCCUCCUCGUCAACUAUUGUUAAUACACUGUAUUUCAUAUUAGGUACGGCAGCACCCACUUCUUACCUGUAUGUCUCACUUUUCGCUCAAAUCUCACAAACGCCCAUCUGACCUACUUAAGUUUCAGUGAAAUUGUAGAUGUCGUAAAAUGGGGUGAUUUAGAAAUGACGGGGCUAAAAUGGCUCUCUUCUUCUCUUCUUUGCACUUCAGGGUCACCUCAUUCUGCUAUACACGUUUUCAUGUUGCAACGAUUAUUUGUUACUGUUUUAAUUUAAGUUUGCAUAACUUUCAGUCAUUGCCAUUACAAUUCAUUGUGUUAUAAUAAAAUAUGUAAUAUUUAAGAGAUGUUGAUAUUUAAAUCAGCUACAAUAAGUGUGCUACUGAAAGCAAUACAUAAUAUUAAAACUGUUAUAGAUAUAUUUCACAAACUUGUAAAGGCUAUUAUCAAUAAAUGGAGAAUUUACAAACGAAAUACCUACCCAAUAAAAAGAUAUGAGAAAUUCCAAUGCCCGUCCCUUUAUUUCUUUCGUUUAAAGUUAAAGAGAGCGAAUAAGUAAUCUCGACGAGAAUACUCACGAAUAAAAAUAAUAAUAAUAAUUCUUACGAGAAUGAAAUAGCCAUCAUGUUAUAAAGGCUAAAUGUUCCGAUAUAAAACGUUAAAAGUUUUUUAUUUAUUAAUACUAGCCUUACCAUAGUCUGAUAAUUUUAUAGCACUUAGAAAUGUUCUGUUAUACCAAUGCGCUAGAUGCCCUGCCACGUUAUAUCGGACAUUUUUAUAUUACGCAAGUAAUAACUUCACUUGUUUGAACGUAGGUACAAUGUAUGUAGUUCGGAAAAUUCCUUUCAAUAUUCGCAAUGUAAUUUACGCAGCGUCUAAGAAGUUCGAAUAUCGAACGAUUUUUUGCUGUUCGAAUUUCGAAAUUCAGUUGUAGUCUGUUGGGAGCUGAAAUUCGUGGAAUUCCGAAUGCUGAAUGAAUACGAGUACACUUUGCAUAAGUUACCCAAUAACGUGAAUAUUUUUUGCGUAAAUUGGAAUAACAUCAGUUCUAGAAACUUGAGCAAACAUGAAUGAUGAAAACCGUUAUACGAAAAAUAUGUUUUAACCCAGUUCAACGAACGAAACGAAUGUUUUCUGCGUAAUAAUAUAAAAUUAAAAGAAAAAUGUUUAUUAUUUUACUUCUGGGUCACUAAAAAGUAACGCGAGUCACGAUCUCAUUGCUUGUUUUUUAAUAAUGAAACAAAACAGAUGUAGGCAUUAGGGUAAAAAAGUAACCCUUAUACCUAUAGCUUAGUAGCAAUUAGCACUAAAAUACCUAUGUAUCUUGAAUGAAAGGCUGAUUACAAUAAACUGGUAAUUCGCGUUACUCUUGCUGCGACCCAGAAGUGUCUUGGUUUUCAAUACAGUUUGCUUAUAUUCUACUGAUCAUUUGAACUUCUUUUCUACUCCAAAAAUACAUGUACUUAACUUUAAAAACUUUCCUCUAACUAAACGUUGAAACUUGAUCUUAUGGUGGCGUAUGUUCAUACUUCAUGUAAAUAUGGGGAAUAUAAAGACUAAGAGAUGUGGGCAUGCGUUCGUGCCUCGUGGAUGCCUAAAGAUGUAUACAACUAAAUGAAUACAUAUGAAAAAUUGUGAUUAGUGUACAUAACAUUAUCUACACGACGUUGUAAUAGAAUCAUCGGCCAUUUUCUGUAUUUUAUUGUAGUUAUUACCUACAUACAAACUCGAUAAAUAUAACAUACCUCAAAUUUACAA